AUGAGGGUUCUCUUUAUUCUAGCGGUCGUCGUUGUUGUGACCGGGGUGAAAAGAUACGAUGGGUUCAAGGUUCUGCGAGUCACACCGAAAGACGAAUCCGAUGUGGCAUGGAUAAGAAAGCUUGAGCUUCAGUCCUUGGUCGAGAUAUGGAACUCCCUGCGCAGGUCCAACCAUCCCGUGGACGUCAUGGUGACACCGGCCAACCAGGUGCAAGUCACCGGGUUGUUAGCAGACAGAGGCCUGGACUAUACCGUCAUGAUCGGCGAUGUCCAGGCUCAGCUUGAUCGCCAGGCCGUGGCCCCCGAUACACCCCCGGGCGCAUCAACUGCCGCCUUGGCGGACUUCCAAUAUGACAUAUACCACACGCAUGACCAGAUUCAGCAGUGGGUUAGUGACAUGGCUACCGAGCACAGCAUCGUGUCAAAGUUCACCUUGACGCAGUCUUACGAAGGUCGCGAUAUCAACGGUAUCAAGAUUUCGACGGGUGUUGGCGAUCCAAAUAAACCCAUCGUUUGGUUUGAGGGUGGUAUCCACGCACGUGAAUGGAUAUCACCAGCUACGGUCAUGUUCAUUUCCAAAUCGCUGGUGGAAGACUACUAUAACGGGGUCACCAACGUGGUCAACAUUUUGGACGGGUUUGAUAUCCACAUCGUUCCUUCCCUGAACGUCGAUGGCUAUGUGUACUCGCACACGGAUGAUCGUUUGUGGAGAAAGACCCGCAGUGAUCUACUGCCAGAGUUUGGGUGCAUCGGAGCAGAUCCAAACAGGAACUGGCCCUAUGAAUGGGGAGGCAGAGGUGCGACCCCUUGGCCCUGUUCACUUACUUUCCGGGGCCGUGAGCCUCUGUCUGAGGUCGAGAUCAGAGCAGUUGUGGAUUACCUCACGGCGCUGAGAGACUCGGGACGUGAAAUCAAAAUGUUCAUCGACUGGCACAGCUACUCGCAACUAUGGAUGGCUCCCUGGUCGUAUUCUGCCGAAGCUCCUCUACCUCCAGACGCCGAUGAUCAGGACUUACUUGCUGGUGCAGCCAUUACCGCUCUAGAGAGCAAGCACGGAACAAAAUACGACAAAGGAGGAUCGGCUCGACUUCUGUAUGAAGCGGCUGGGGCGAGCUGCGACUGGGCCUACGCCACGCUGGGAGCCAAAUACUCCUACGUGGUGGAGCUGAGGGACACCGGGAAGUUUGGCUUCGUAUUACCCCCCGAACAAAUCCUGCCCACCGGGGAGGAAUCCUAUGCGGGGAUCGUAGCCGGGUUGGAGUAUGCCUUGACACAUUAA